ACACGGGGUAAAGGUGCACUGGAGGAGGUUUUGCGAACCCAUGAAGCAAUACAGGUGGACGGGUCACUGGACAAGUCAGUUUCUAUGCGUCAGAUGGAGCUGUCAGCAACACGGAGCUCUCAAGAGACGGGAGAUGGCUCAGGGACAACCUCUGAAUCGGAAGGAAACCGGAGGAAGAAAGUUUUCAUGGUUAUUGGGAUUAAUACCGCUUUUAGCAGUAGAAAGAGGCGUGAUUCAGUUCGAGAGACGUGGAUGCCUCAGGGGGAGAAGCUCGAAAAAUUGGAACGAGAGAAAGGCAUCGUCGUCAAGUUCAUGAUUGGUCACAGUGCAACAUCAAAUAGUAUUUUGGAUAGAGCUAUUGAUUCAGAAGAUGCUCAACACAAAGACUUCCUUCGGCUGGAGCAUGUUGAAGGGUAUCAUGAACUGUCUGCAAAAACCAAAAUUUUCUUUUCCACCGCAGUUGCAAAGUGGGAUGCAGAGUUCUAUGUCAAGGUUGAUGAUGAUGUCCAUGUCAAUCUUGGUAUGCUAGCUUCCACUCUUGCCCAUCACCAUUCAAAGCCGAGGGUCUAUAUUGGGUGCAUGAAGUCUGGGCCUGUUCUUUCGCAAAAGACUGUCAAGUACCAUGAGCCCGAGUAUUGGAAAUUUGGAGAGGAAGGAAACAAAUACUUCAGGCAUGCCACUGGACAGAUCUAU